GAUUUGACUAAUGGGAGCGCGCGCUAGAAUGUGUGCUAUGUGCCCGCGCAUCGUUCCUGAUGAGAACCCGCUGUACGAGCUUUAUGAUACCCUAGGCUACUACAGUUCCACGAGAGGGCCUGUUUUGUUAAUUAGGUUAUGCAUUCAUCGACAUAAAUACAUAACAUCAAGCGACCACAGCAUAUGAAAAGCACCUCGAUCUAAAUGUGGUGUGAUGCGAGACACCGUCUCAUAUCUUUCGCCCCAUAUCCCGUUCCCGCCUCUUGAUAUUGACUUGCAUACUGUUUCGCGCUCUCUCUCUCUCUCUCUCUCUCUCUCGCGCUCUCUCUGGUUGUCCUGGUGAUAACGAGAUAGAGAAGCCUUACAACACUGAAGCCAAGAGACAGAGGGAUGAGAUAGAAACGGUUGGAGCAUGUAUCUGCAUUCAUUAUAGCCUAAUUAUUAAAUUAAGUGGGACAUAUCUUAUAUGUAUUGACUAAAAGCCUAGCAAAGCCAUAAAAUGCGUCUUUCAUGACAUGUUCAUGGAUCUUUUGAUCUGCCAAAAAUGUUUUACUCAGACUGCCCUAUUUCAGUGUUGUUGAACUAGAUAGACAAGUUAUUUUAUCAUAAUUAUUGAUUUCUUACGCCGCCAACCUGAAGUUCAUCGUUAUCAUCUUGGCCGCCGGGAUGGUGGCCUUCGUUGGAGCAGUCAUCUGCAUCAUCGCCGCGGUCCAUACCGGCUCCGCUGCCGAAUCUACCCAGCAGCCCGUGGCAGACAACCAGUCGCAGUCUCCAUACGCUGGAGUGCAGCAGACUUUCCCCGGGGGCUCCGUGGCGCGAGCGGGUCCCCUGGGCGCUAUCCAUGGUUCUGAAAGACCGGACGGAGAAGCGCCCACCUUCUUCCACCUCGCCAGCGGCUCAGAUGCCGUUGGUGGAACUAGACAGGUUAGCCGAUUUAUCUGCACCCCAGUCCCCGCCGGAGAAUGCAACCCCAAAAACGUUCAGCAACAAGCGGACGAUCCGUCGCUGUACGCUGGCGAGGACUGGGGAUACCUCCGCACCACGGCAGAGGAACUACAACAGACAGUGCUCCAGCAGAAGGACCAGAUUAUUACCGACCAGCGGACCAUUAGGGAUCUGUCAGGCAAACUUUCGGAGUGUGAGAGUGGAUUAGAGGGGCGUAGAGGCGCAGGGCUCUGGGGAGGUAAGAGGGUAGAUGAGGGCCGGCUCGUGGUCCGGGACAGUGCGCCGUCGUCGACUGUGGCACAGCUGCUCACCGCUCAGGCUGUGGACGAGCUGGAACAAGCUAUCGUUCAGAUGAAAGACCGCAUAGAGAAACUGGAGUCAGAUAUCGGACCGCUGGCGUUCCCUCACAACCACACAGACGCAGCAACUGCGAUGACUUCAAGAGGUGGUGGUGGUGGGCUCUCUGAGGCCCCUGAUGGUUGGGGUGAGGCAGGGCCAGGGGGGCAGGCAGGGGAUGGACCAAAGCAGUGGCCACGGUUGGAGGAUCUGGAAGGAGAGCUUGAGAGGAAGCUGGAACUCCUGGAGAAGGAGAGGAAGGCCCUGCGAAAGGAAUCCCAAAGACACAGGCAGGAGAUCGACCAGGGGAUGAACUCCCUACACCACCGCAUCGCUGGCCUGGAGGAGGGACUCUCCGAGUACACCUAUCCAGAGGGCUACAAGCUGUCCUUCCCAGCGCGUACCAACUAUAUGUACGCAGUGGUGCACCACCCCAUCCCUGAGCUGCGUGCCUUCACCGUGUGCCUCUGGCUGAGACCCACAGAGGGGGGUAUCGGCACCCCUUUCUCCUAUGCUGUAGCGGAACAGCCAAACGAGCUAGUUCUGCUGCAGGGCAUGCAUACCCCUGUGGAGCUGCUCAUUAACGACAAGGUGGCGCAGUUACCUCUGAACCUGUCUCGGGGCAGCUGGCACCACAUCUGUGUAAGCUGGAGCCAGAGAGGUGGGGCGUGGCAGGCCUACCAGGGGGGCAAGCUGAGAGGAGAGGGGCAGGGCCUGGCAGCCUGGCACCACAUCAGGCCUGGGGGAGUCCUCAUCCUGGGGCAGGAACAGGACACUCUGGGCGGGCGUUUUGACUCGUCCCAGGCCAUGGUGGGGGAGCUAUCCCAGUGGAACGUAUGGGAGCAGGUCCUGACCCCCAGCGAGGUGUCCAGCCUGGCCCACUGCAGCCAGCACAGCCCCCAGCCAAAGGGUAACGUGGCCCCCUGGACCAACCGGGAAGUAGAGGUGUUCGGAGGAGCCACCAAGGUGCCCAUGGAGCCCUGCGCUGCCAAAUACACCAACACCCCACUGUGAGGGGAAGGGUGAUAUAGGAUCCAGGGACCUUAUUUACAAAGCGUCUCAGAGUAGGACAAGUGAUUGGGGAAAAAUCAAUACAGUUACAUAUUGCAAUAUUCUUUUGGACAAUAUUAUAGUGAUACUUUUUGUUGUUUUUGCUAGGUAGUGUUAGCUAGCACUAGUCAGCUAUGCCUGCGCCAAAACGCUGGUAUUUUGUUGCUCUCCAUCUUCUUUUUAAAUAGUGAGCCAUCAUGUUUUCAAUGCUUUUAUUUCCAUGACUGAUCAAAACUCAUUGUCUCCUGCUCUCUCGUCUCUCCUCAGCAGACAUAUAGAGAGCAAUAUCUUUGGAACAUCAAAUUGCAAUAAAAUCGCAGUAUCGAAUCGCAAUACAUAUAGAAUUGUGAGAAUCAGUAUUGUCACCUAAGUAUCAUGAUAAUAUUCGUGAGAUCCCUGGCAAUUCCCAGCCAUACUGUACAUGUCAUAUUAUACAUGAUUUAUUAUGAUCUAAUAGGCAAAGCUGAUUUUUCAUCAGCAUUUCUACUUUGAGACUGAGAGUCCUGAGCUGUGUUCAGUAGGGCGAAACAUUGUGGAGGUAACAUAUUUCUAUCUGAACAACUAGUUACGUAGAACAGCAGGAAUGCCUCACUGACGUUCCGAUUAAGGAAUCAUGUCAGCUAUAUUCAUCACAUUUCUAUCUGCAAUGUUCGGUAUAUUGCACAUUGUGAAUUUGUGAAGUGAAUUUAUGGGUGGAGCUUGGGUGAAAGGGAGUAAGGGAAUAGGGGAAUGAUUUUGUUUUAUUUUGCAUGUUUUAUUUAUCUAUGUUUUACAUCUAUUGUUGAUUAAGUUUAUUCAGAGCUACAGGAUACAGUGGGUAGGCUAGGCAUGCAUACUUCUGCAUUUGAACUGCUGCUUUGGACUCGGUCUAUGGCCAGGCACUGGGUCCGAGGAGCCUAUUCUGUUUACUCAAUAGGAGCAAACAAUUGGGUAUCAAUAGCGUUCUCUAUCAUCUGACUUGUGUCUAACUGAAGGGGAUAACGCAAGUGUACAUUAUGAUUUUAUAUAACAUUUUAUAUGCAGACAUUAAGAAACACACAAUCGUGUCUGUAUAUAGCAUUGAUUUUUUUUAAAACUUUUUGUAUCAACUUGUUUCAAAACAGCAUUCUUACUGUCUCUCUUUUCAUAUUCCUUCUCGUUAACAUUUUUAUAAAUAGUCUAUCUUAGUAAUAGAGCAUGUCUAAUCAUUCCCUGUGACUAAUAUUAACUACAGAAAUAGAGAUAUGAACUAAUCUCUUUGGCACUGAUUCAAAUUCAAUAACUCUAUCCAGUAAUGUCAACGUGUGGCUUGAAUUGAUCCAGAAAAGAUGUCUUAGACUUGGGCAGUGCUAUUACCCAAGCUCAUUGAAUAACUUUGUUGCACAAUAUGGUAUAGCACAAAGUUUGAUACUUUCUAGAACACUAGAAUAGGUUUUGGUACCAAGUUGUACUGUCAUGUAUAAACUGUGUUAUAUAAUGCUUAUAUAUUCAAUGAAUGCAGUGAUAUGAAUAACAAUGGGUUUAAAUGCAUGUCAUUUUACUGAAUACAUGUAUUCAUUUUACAAAGCAAUGCACAGUCAUAUAUAAUUCAAUGUAUGAAAGCCCUCUUGAUCUUAUACACCUUGCCAUCCAGUGACGUGAGGUCUGAGGCCGGGUAGGCACAUUCUAUUGAGGCUCAUAAAGCUGAUUUUUGCUACGGUGUUUAUCGGUAUGACACGAUCACAAAGAUAACCAUCAAACAGCAGCAGGUAGGCGGCGCAACCAUUAGACUCGCAUUCACAGGCCGUAAUUGCUUGUGCCCCACUCAACUGCCCUGCACGAACAGGCGACUUUCAGCACCACAGACAGCGACCCAAAUGCAAGUGAGUAGGUCUACUUGUAAACAGCGCUACACACACAACAUCAAAUUUGAUUUGUCACAUGUGCCCGAAUACAACAGGUGUAGACCUUACAGUGAUAUGCUUACUUACAAGCCCUUAAGCAACAAUGCAGUUUUAAGAAAAAAUAAGUGUUAAGUAAAAAUAGAUAAAUUAAAGUAACAAAUAAUUAGAACAGCAGUAAAAUAACAAUAGCGAGGCUAUGUACAGGGUGUACCGGUACAGAGUCAAUUGGGGGUAGAAGCUGUUAAGAAGUCUUUUGGAUCUAGAUUUGGCGCUCUGGUACCGCUUGCCGUGUGGUAGCAUAGAUAACAGUCUAUGACUAGGGCUGCUGGAGUCUUUGACAAUUUUUAGGGCCUUCCUCUGACACAGCCUGUUAAAGAGGUCCUGGAUGGCAGGAAGCUUGGCCCCAGUGAUGUACUGGGGCGUAUGCACUGCCCUCUGUAGUGCCUUGCGGUCAGAGGCCGAGCAGGUGCCAUACCAGGCAGUGAUGCAAUCAGUCAGGAUGCUCUUGAUGGUGCAGCUGUAGAAUUUGAGAAUCUGAAGACCCAUGCCAAAUCUUUCCAGUCUCCUGAGGGGGAAUAGGCUUUGUCGUGCCCUCUUCACGGCUGUCUUGGUGUGUUUGGACCAUGAUAGUUUGUUGGUGAUGUGGACACCAAGGAACUUGACGCUCUCAACCUGCUCUACUACAGCCCCUUCGAUGAGAAUGAGGGCAUGCUCAGUCCUCCUUUUCCUGUAGUCCACAAUCAUCUCCUUAAUCUUGAUCACGUUGAGGGAGAGGUUGUUGACCUGGCAUCACACGGCCAGGUCUCUGACCUCCUUCCUAUAUGUUGUCUCGUUGUUGUUGGUGAUUAGGCCUACCACUGUUGUGUCUUCAGCAAACUUAAUUAUAUUGUUGGAGUGAUGCCUGGCCGUGCAGUCAUGAGUGAACAGGGAGUACAGGAGGGGACUAAGCACGCAUCCCUGAGGAGCCCCCGUGUUGAGGAUCAGCAUGGCGUAUGUGUUGUUACCUACCCUUACCACCUGGGGGCGGCUCGUCAGGAAGUCCAGGAUCCAGUUGCAGAGGGAGAUGUUUAGUCCCAGGGUCCUUAGCUUAGUGAUGAGCUUUGAGGGCACUAUGGUGUUGAAAGCUGAGCUGUAGUCAAUGAAUAGCAUUCUCACAUAGGUGUUCCUUUUGUCCAGGUGGGAAAGGGCAGUGUGGAGUGCAAUAGAGAUUGAAUCAUCUGUGGAUCUGUUGGGGCGGUAUGUAAAUUGGAAAGGUUCUAGGGUUUCUGGGAUAAUGGUGUUGAUGUGAGCCAUGACCAGCCUUUCAAAGCACUUCAUGGCUACAGACGUGAGUGCUACGGUCGGUAGUAAUUUAGGCAGGUUACCUUGGUGUUCUUGGGCACAGGGACUAUGGUGGUCUGCUUGAAACAUGUAGGUUUUACAGACUCAGUCAGGGACAGGUUGAAAAUGUCAGUGAAGACACUUGUCAGUUGGUCAGCGCAUGCUCGGAGUACACGUCCUGGUAGUUCAAUUGCCGUGGAUUGCCAGUACGCACCUCAUUACAACGGCUGUUCUAUCCUGCCCGAAAAAGUGCAAAACCCGCCACCUGUGUCACGGUCGAUGCUGGAAAAAGACCAAAGUGCAGCUUGGUGAGCGUAUAUAUUCCUUUUAUUAUAGAAAAAUGGAGUAAAUCCUUCGUCUCCGACUCGUUAAAGAAAAAAUCUUCCAGUACGUGGUGAAUAAUCGCUGUCCUGAUAUCUAGAAGCUAUUUUCGGUCAUAAGAGACGAUUGCAGAAACAUUAUGUACAAAAUAAGUUACAAAUAACACGAAAAAACACACACACUGUAGCACAAUUGCCGUAAAACAGCAGCCAUCUCCUCCAGCGCUGUCUGUGCCUAGUAGUCAGCACUACUAAUUGACAUAUAUACUUACACAAUAGACAUGUAAUGUCAUAAUAGUAGAUGGCGCUACUGUAAAUAAACUCUUGCAUUUACGUUUACCUGUUAACAAAGUCCAUUUGUCUAUCCUUCUGGGUAAAGACAUCAGUAACUGAACUGUAAAACUCCUCCUUGUUUGCCCUCAGUUUUAAAAGUCUCUUGGUCUGAAUGUGAUGGAGAUGAUGGCAAGGGAUGAGAGUCAUCCUUGAUCGGUCCGGUUUUCGACUGUAUGUCUUUAUCUGUUUCAGCGCAGAAAGUUACUUCUCAAUAGAUACUAUUAUGGCUGGUAUAGUGAGGACCAGCUGCAGUAAAUUUGUUGCCUCGGGACAGUCUGUGUCAGGUCAUGCUGGAACAAAAAGCUGAGGAGCUGUCCAGGUGAUUUGUCAUGUACCAUUUGUGAACUCUACAAUUCGACAAGAUCAGUCUUAAAUCUAACAAAAUCGAAGUACUUGGCAUAUUUUGACAGGCCUUGUUUGCUGGUGUCGAACUUUUGAGACAUUGUUUCACCUUUUUUGCAGUCCACUAAGCCAAGGAAAUUAAGUUCACAAAAGUGGUCAAACUUGGCUCUCAUCUGAACAUUGAUAUUGUCCAGUGUGUUGUUAUAGAUUUUCCCCCUCCUAACUAUGAUCGGCUGUUUACUACGAGUUUCGCUUCCUGCCAGGCCCAGAUCAUUACAUUUCUGCUCAAAUCACUCAUAGAAGCGAUCAAAGUCUUGUUGCUGCCGUUCCAGUGCUUUCAUUGUGUCGCUGAUCUGGGGAUGGCAGACACUCAUAUCCAUCACUUUGUUCUGCAGAACACGGAAGAGCGCAUCAGUUUCCUUGAAAAUUCCAUCAUAGGCCAUGAGCAAAAAGGAAACACGGUGGCGGUCUCUAGAUGGGUUGCUAACUGUUCAUUUUUUUCAGCAAAGGCAUAUAAUAGUUCCACAUAGUUGCCCCUAGGCCUGGUUGAUGUGCUGGCACUCUCAUCGUUGCCGCAAAAUGCCAACUUCUGUUUACCUAGGUAGCAUGCCGUAGCUUUAAUUAGCUAGGGCUUUCAAAAUCUCACGGUUCUCUUUUACCUUUGCAUUGUGCAUGCUGAUAUUCAAUCUCCAUUGUUCAUUGAAUGCCAGAUCUAUCCGUGAGCUGCCAAAUGUCUGAAGAGCUAUCUGGCUUUUGAUGUGAGACACAGGUUUCUCACGCUUGUUGAACGCUAUAGACCAAUUGUUCAAGUUGCAGUAACCGACUCUUGUCCACACACUGUCGCUGGUGGAGAACAGCAGGCAGGGGAAGCAGUAGAGUCGACUGCUAGCAGUGCAGCCACAGAGCCAGUCUUUCUGUUGAUACAACUCAGUUUGAAAUUAUCGUGUCAUUUUCUGUACCUUCUUUAGAUGUAGGUUGCUAAACUCAGUUGUUGGUCUUCACACUGUUUCUCUAGAAAAUCCAAUGUGAUGACUGCUAUUUAUCGAAUAAUUACCUACCACUUAUAAUUAUUACUCUAUUAAAUGAAUCAUGUAACAAUUACCUCAUUAGGAAUUAGGGGCACCACAGGAAAAGUUGUUUCCUGAGUUACUAUCUCCCGACUUAAACUCUACAGAGUAUCUAAAUAGCUCUUACAUCAAUAACAGUAAAUUAUUAAUUAUUACCUCAUCAGUCUCUGUCACAGCCGUCGUCGGGAUGAGACCAAGGCGCAGCGUGAUAAGCGUACGUUCUUCUUUAUUUAAAGAAUGAACACUGAGAAAAACGAACAAAAUAACAAACCGAACCGUGAAGCUAAUAUGGCUAGUGAAGACAGGCAACUAAACAUAGAAUAAGAAACCACCAAACCAAAAGAGAAAAUGGGAACCUAAAUAUGAUCCCCAAUCAGAGACAACGAUAAACAGCUGUCUCUGAUUGGGAACCAAUUCAGGCCACCAUAGACAUACAUAUGCCUAGACUUACCAACACCCCUAGACGUACAAAAAACCCUAGACAAUACAAAACAAGCAUAUACACCCUCGUCACACUCUGACCUAACCAAAAUAAUAAAGAAAACAUAGAUAACUAAGGUCAGGGCGUGACAGUCUCAUUCUGAACGUUGUUGACUUCGUAAAUCUGCACGAACACUAACCUAAGUGAUGAAUCAGCGAUACACAAGUUGGCUUAAUUAUUUAUUUACUAACUAACUAAAUAAUCACACAGAAAUACAUAAACACACACACACACACACACGGUAUAGGUUAUUGAUCACUAACAUAAUGCAAUGACAACAGUCCCUAUUUUUGAUUUCCUCUUUAUAGGUAGGCCGUUUGAGAACAAGCUCUCAUUUACAACUGCGACCUGGCCAAGAUAAAGCGAAGCAGUGCGACAAAAAACAACAACACAGUCAAUAACACAAUGGAAAGGGGGAGUAUGUAAGGAGAGGGAGAGACAGAGUCAACUUCUCGUACAUACAUUUGGAAACUACGCUCACCGUAGUCAGAAGAUUUAGCACCCUAACAACCGCUCAUUCGGAUUAGAAAUGCAACAUAUAUUUACACGUUGAUGUCUUUCUCUGUCGUCUCUCUGUAGUUUGAUGUAAGUCUCUGGUUGUCCACCAUAGGUCACAAUGUCCUUAGUUGUAUGCUUCUUUGUUCUGGAGUGGUCUUAGAAUGGAUCCUUCAGGUGUACCACGCGGUGGUGAGAGGGAUCUAUUCCUCCAUCCCAUCUUUGGUCAAUUGUCCUAGACUACUUCACAUACCAGCUGCAGACUGUGAAUGUUUGGUCUAGUCUUCACCUUCUUCACUCAUCGAGAGUUUCAGAGGGUCUUACCAUUUUCUGGUCUUGUAGUUUUAAACAUUUCAACGUGUGGACCGCGUCCUCAUGUUCUCUGGUCUGUAUUUAAAUUGUCAGUGAGUCCUUUUAAGCACUCUGGCCUUGGAGGGCGUUCCGUCCUGUUGAUACAAUGUAUGUGCUAAUGUAUGUGCUCACGUGGGCGUGGCUACUGACUGGGCUCAAGUUUAUAUGAAAGUUAAUAUCUCAUUCAGAAGGCUAAAAUAACAUUUCUAUCUUCACAAAAGUAUUUUAUACUUAAAAAGUGUUCUUAUACUUAAUCAUUUAUUUUUUUACAACAUUUAGAUGCAAACCUGAUAACUAGGACAUACAGUGGGGCAAAAAAGUAUUUAGUCAGCCACCAAUUGUACAAGUUCUCCCACUUAAAAAGAUGAGAGAGGCCUGUAAUUUUCAUCAUAGGUACACGUCAACUAUGACAGACAAAAUGAGUAAAAAAAAAUCCAGAAAAUCACAUUGUAGGAUUUUUUAUGAAUUUAUUUGCAAAUUAUGGUGGAAAAUAAGUAUUUGGUCAAUAACAAAAGUUUAUCUCAAUACUUUGUUAUAUACCCUUUGUUGGCAAUGACGUCGGUCAAACGUUUUCUGUAAGUCUUCACAAGGUUUUCACACACUGUUGCUGGUAUUUUGGCCCAUUCCUCCAUGCAGAUCUCCUCUAGAGCAGUGAUGUUUUGGGGCUGUUGCUGGGCAACACGGACUUUCAACUCCCUCCAAAGAUUUUCUAAGGGGUUGAGAUCUGGAGACUGGCUAGGCCACUCCAGGACCUUGAAAUGCUUCUUACGAAGCCACUCCUUCGUUGCCCGGGCGAUGUGUUUGGGAUCAUUGUCAUGCUGAAAGACCCAGCCACGUUUCAUCUUUAAUCCCCUUGCUGAUGGAAGGAGGUUUUCACUCAAAAUCUCACGAUACAUGGCCCCAUUCAUUCUUUCCUUUACACGGAUCAUUCGUCCUGGUCCCUUUGCAGAAAAACAGCCCCAAAGCAUGAUGUUUCCACCCCCCAUGCUUCACAGUAGGUAUAGUGUUCUUUGGAUGCAACUCAGCAUUCUUUGUCCUCCAAACACGACGAGUUGAGUUUUUACCAAAAAAGUUAUAUUUUGGUUUCAUCUGACCAUAUGACAUUCUCCUAAUCUUCUUCUGGAUCAUCCAAAUGCUCUCUAGCAAACUUCAGAUGGGCCUGGACAUGUACUGGCUUAAGCAGGGGACACGUCUGGCACUGCAGGAUUUGAGUCCCUGGCGGCGUAGUGUGUUACUGAUGCUUUGUUACUUUGGUCCCAGCUCUCUGCAGGUCAUUCACUAGCCCCCCCUGUGUGGUUCUGGGAUUUUUGCUCACCGUUCUUGUGAUCAUUUUGACCUCACGGGGUGAGAUCUUGCGUGGAGCCCCAGAUCGAGGGAGAUUAUCAGUGGUCUUGUAUGUCUUCCAUUUCCUAAUAAUUGCUCCCACAGUUGAUUUCUUCAAACCAAGCUGCUUACCUAUUGCAGAUUCAGUCUUCCCAGCCUGGUGCAGGUCUACAAUUUUGUUUCUGGUGUCCUUUGACAGCUCUUUGGUCUUGGCCAUAGUGGAGUUUGGAGUGUGACUGUUUGAGGUUGUGGACAGGUGUCUUUUAUACUGAUAACAAGUUCAAACAGGUGCCAUUAAUACAGGUAACGGGUGGAGGACAGAGGAGCCUCUUAAAGAAGAAGUUACAGGUCUGUGAGAGCCAGAAAUCUAGCUUGUUUGUAGGUGACCAAAUACUUAUUUUCCACCAUAAUUUGCAAAUAAAUUCAUUAAAAAUCCUACAAUGUGAUUUUCUGGAUUUUUUUCUUCUCAUUUUGUCUGUCAUAGUUGAAGUGUACCUAUGAAGAAAAUUACAGGCCUCUCUCAUCUUUUUAAGUGGGAGAACUUGCACAAUUGGUGGCUGACUAAAUACUUUUUUGCCCCACUUUUUUGCCCCAGUUAUCUUGUUAUAUAAUGACAUCACAAAAUAAUAAAUGAUAUGUCAUGAUUACUGUUUGGAUCCCCACCAACAAUUCCAAGUGUUUCUAUUUCAAAACAAAUGUUCCAAUGUCCAAUCUUUUGAUGUUAGAGUUCUUAGCCAAGAGUCUCUCUCUACCCACAGCACAUUCCUUUGUUCAGUACUGCAGGGCAAGAGAGAGAAAGUUAACGACCAGCGUUAGUCAUAAAACCAACCCAACUCCCCUUCCUCUCUGGUGGGAGAGGGGUCUGGCUAUCUGUCAGCCCUGUGCCGAGCUGAUCUGGCAGCUUUGAGCCUCACCAAGGAGAGAGAGUCAUGACAAUAGGCAGGGGCGAGCUCUGAUUAUCCUCUUGCAAAGCUCUCUACCUGCCUUCAUCCGUUAGCUGGCAGUAUAAGGUGGAAACACGAAAGCGCAAGUCAUGUCAAUUCCUUUCAUUGAGUUUGAAUUUGAAGGGCGGGAGAAAGGUACAUGGUGAGGCUGCCUUUCCCCUCGCCUCCUUGUGCAUUUUGUACCAGAUCACUGCAAAUUUGGGAAGUAGUAGUACUAGUUCAGACAUCUAUUUUAUCAUGCAGAAAAAAAUGAAGUUGACAAUGAAUAUUGAUAAAAAAGUAUAUUUUAUUUAUUUUUCAUUAGUUAUUUUAUCAUAGAUUUUCCCACUGCCUACCCUGCCUACCCUAACCGCACGUCACUGUCGCUUUCCCUGGUUGUGACUAAGUGGCAAGUGCCUGUCCGGGUAUCUUUACCCAUAUUAAAAAAAUGUCCAUUCAUUUCUCGACUGUAGUUAUGAUUCCAACAUCAUUCUCCAGUGUGAUCAAUGUUUUGCCUGCCUCUGGUCUGUUCGGCUCAUGUCUGCACUUCUAUGGUCUCUGUGAUAUUGUGGCAAACUGUACAGCUUAGAAAAUGAAUUAACAAGAUAUUUUCUCUAUUAACCAAACAAUGUCUUAUAGCCGGUGUUUGGAAAUUUACUCUUUGUAUUACCUGUAUUUUUGAACAGGUUUUUCCUUCAUGUGUAUGUCUAUGUUUAGGCAAAUUUGGCAUCUCUGUUUUUUUCCUCUUCUUUCCUGUCAAAGUUGGUAUACUCUGUGUGUUCAUGUCCUUGUCUUCACUGGAAAAGCUCAAAUGGCCAAAAGUAAAGUCUGUUUCAAAUGUGA